AUGACAGGUGUCAAGGGUCGAGUCGAGUUCCAGCUGGAAAACUCCCCUCCGGAGCAUGAAGUGUUCGGGGAGCACCCGCAGGAGGACGUGAGCCCGGCCGAGGGGCCGUCAGAGUCCGGGGAGGACGAGUCCAACACCGGCCAGAGAGGUCGAGUAACGUCUGCUAAAGACGCGCCGGAGGAUGACGUUGAUGAUGCGGGUGAUGCAGCUGCACCGCUGUUGGUACUGGCUGACAUCGCUCUGGCGCCACCGCGCUGUGAGCUUCGGUCCAGCAUCUGGGACAGAGAGGCCUGCAGCUUUCAGACGGUCGGAUUCCAGGAGACAAUUGUCCAGUCCAUGCGGCUGCAGCUCCACUUCCUCCUGAGCCAAGCAGAUGACUUGAUGAAUGGGCAGGAUGAUCGAGAGAGGAAGGUUCGUGCUGCUGUCGUACCAGACUUCCUGUUCACCUGUCAGCCUUAUUUUAGUUACGUGGAAGACACAGCUCGGACAAGCCUGAUGUCCGAGCACACCCCUCGGAUCCAUGAAAUCUACACACAGCUGUUGGGGUUCUCUGAGCAGCUGUGUGACAAACUGGAACAUCUGGUGUUAACUCACGCCAGACAGGGUCUCCUCUCUGUGGAUGAAUCUGACCCUGGCAGCUUGUCUCACUUCUGCAUCGGUCGGGCUCAGCUUGGCCGACUGAGGCUGACUGCGUUCCGCUACGUCUUACCUACUCCGUACAUCCCCCACGUUGACACGGGCUUGUACAAAAGGAUGCGGUGGAACGUUGAGACACUCCCAGACAAAUCCCAGAAGGCAGAUGAGAAUCAGGGUGGAGGGAGCGAGGAGAGAGCAGAGAUCGAGUAUUACUUCCUGUGCUAUGAGGAUAAUCAUGCACAGGCAGAGGCUGGUGAAGAGAGCCAAGGUGACGUGGUGAGGAUGUGGUCCAUCGGUCGUUGGGUGCAGCUGAACGCAGUCCCUGACGAAGAGGACGAAGAGGACAGCGAGGAAUGGAUCCCAUGUGAGCGUCCUCAGGCCGACUACCACAGGCAGUUGUUCCUGGGCAGUAGGGAGCCGUCCAGCUGCAAUGCCUCAGAGCUCCUGCAUCAGCUGCUCUUGUCACAGCAGACCGUACUGUGA